AUGCCAUUCUUAUUCUUCCGAAAGUCUUCCCGUACAGUGAAUAGUGAAAUCAGUGCCGAAGAGCUUGUGCGUCAACGGCAAUCAGUACAAGAAGCCCAGAUGGCCGCAUCGUCAACCCUGGUACGCGAUCCCAUGCGGAUAGGCAGUGUUCCGGACGUACUCGGUAGCUUUGUGGAUCCUAUGGGUGGCCGUGCCACUUAUACUAUAAGUCGUGAUCCAACAUCAAAGUACAUGCAAGUCAAAUGGUAG